AUGAGCACCCUGGAAGGGUUCAUGUUCGGUCAUUAUCAGCUAUCGCCUUGGCAGAAGUCCUUGGCAGCCUGUAUGUUCUGGGUGAGCAGCUUCGAGCAGACAAGGAAGGCCCUGCCCCCUGCCGAGGAGGAACGCAACAAUGUCCUCAAGCAGAUGAAGGUUCGGACCACACUGAAGGGGGACAAGAGCUGGAUUGCCAGGCAUGAUGAUUCUGAGGGACACACCAUAGAGCUACCUUCCAGCAGGAGCCGUGCCACCUCCUUUUCGUCCCCUGGGGAGAUGCAGAAGGCCAGGCCUCUGAGCUCGAGGGCCUCCACUGGCUACAUCAUCAGGGGGGUGUUCACCAAACCUAUCGACAGCUCAUCCCAGCCCCAGCCGUUUUUCCCCAAGGCCAAUGGAGCGCCUAAAAGUGCUGCCAGCCCGGUGAGAGCAGUUAGCACUGGGCCUCCCCGGCCAUUGUCCACCGGCUACAAAUUAACCACUGAGGACUACAAAAAGCUAGCACCCUACAAUGUCCGGCGCAGCUCGGCAGGAGCAGCUGGGGAGGAGGUGCUCUUCUCCACUGAUGAGCAGAAAAGGAGGUCCGAGGCUGCAAGCAGCCUGGUCAGGAAGACGGCGCCCCGGGACCAUUCCUACGUACUGUCAGCAGCUAAGAAGAGUGCUAGUCCUGCCCAUGAACCACAGGCCCCGUUCAUCGCUAAGCGGGUGGAGGUUGUGGAUGAGACUGGGCCUUCUGAGCGGAGCCAGGACCCAUCUGCUCUGGCAAGAGCCUCUUCUGCCUUGAUGAACAGCUCCCCACCAGGCCACAAAGACACGGAGGCCCCCAGCCCCAGAGAGCACAAGAGGGACUUGGCUGGUGAGGCAGAUUCUGAAAGGUCCAGCACACUGCCGAGUGAUGGCCACUUGGGGUUGGCAGCCCCAGGCUCCGCACCUGAAGGCUGGCUUGGAGCAGACAGCAGCUCCGGGAAAGGAGGGCUGUGCCCGGCUGCUCACUUUGCUCCACUCUUGGAUAACCGGAGUAUGCAUGACACCAGCUAUCAGAACCAUAAGCCUGGACUCGUGGCCACCAGCUCCAGUGCACCUUUGGCCUCUGUCGGCCUGGAUGGGAAGGGCAUACCCCCCACAGGUCUGGAGGACACGGAGACCAAUGCAAAGAGUGGACACCAAGAAGUCCCACGUGCCUCACAGGUCCCCAAGCAGCAGAUGCAGAACUUUGUGCGCCUGCGCGCUUGUAGUCCUAGCGUGUGCGUGCGCGCCAAAUUCGCCGCACGAUGGCGCGCCAGGAUCAUAAAAGGGUCUAGCCGCUCCAUAAGCCCCGCCCCGGCCCCUCCCCCGCUGUUUGGCUGGGCGUUGCAGCGGGUCCCAGACUGGUCCAAGAGUGGUCUGCAGAACUGUCCGAGGCCGUGGGACCCAGUGAUGGGACAGGUCCUCUCUGGGAAUGAAGAUCAGAAGGUAGCCACCCAGGCUGGAGAAGUAGGUCAGGAGUGGCCCACAGCCCCAAGAGAGGGGCAAGAAGACUUAGCUGCCGCCAGUCUGAAGCUUGCAGACAUACGCAGCCCCGAGGGCCCAAGCAGCCCCCCAGGAUCCGAGCCACUCAUUGAACUGGAAGGCCACACGGGCAGUGUCUUCUCUGGGAAAGAAGAUCAGAAGGUGGCCUCCCAGGCUGGAGAAGUGUGGCAGGAGUGGCCUGCAGUCCCAAGAGAGGAGCAGGAAGACCCAGCUGCCCUCAGUCUGCAGCCUGCAGACGCCAGUGGCCCGAAAGGCCCGAGAAGCCCUCCAGGCCAGGAGCCGCUCAUUGAACUCGAGGGCCCCCCCAGCAGGGCGAGAAGCCCUUCGAGCUGCUUGGUCACAGUGAGUGCCACCGCCUCCGCUGAGCAGCGCCGACUUUACAGGCCGCCCCCGCUGAGUGAUUUGGACUCCAGCUCAGCCAACAGAGGGGUCGUCUUCGUGAAGCAGUGCACCAACAGCAGUGAAGUCUCUUCCAGGAAGCUGUUGCCUACAUGCUACAGCAGUGUCAGCGGCCGAGACGACGUGUGGGACAGGGAGAAGCAGCCUCCACGGGAGAGUGUUCCCUACUCGGACAGAACGACUGGAGGAAGGCUCUGUACGUACUGCAACCAUGAGAUUGGAGACUGUCCCAAGAUCACUCUAGAACAUCUGGGCAUCAGCUGCCAUGAAUACUGCUUUAAGUGUGGGGUUUGCAGUAAGCCAAUGGGCGACCUCCUGGAUCAGAUCUUCAUCCACCGGGAAACCGUCCACUGUGGCAAGUGCUACGAGAAGGUCUUCUAG